GCUCGAUACCCAAACGUAAAUACUACCCGAGGGUCGAGAAGGCGCUCAGUUCAGUUCAGCAGUGUCCCGGAGCGACAUAUGUUCCACUCCUCCGUACUCCACCGGAUUUCUCUCAUGGCCGCCAAACCCCACCGCGUCCAUUCAUUUUCAGGGACUUGUUCAUUGCAGGGCUCGGCGAAAAGAGCGAGGACAAUGACCUCUGAAUCCUCCAUGAAAGAUGCUUUCGGCAGAUACGCUGAAUACCUCAAUGACCUGAAUGACAAACGUGAAAGAGUGGUGAAAGCAAGUCGUGAUGUCACCAUUAACAGCAAAAAGGUCAUAUUUCAAGUGCACAGGGUUGGUAAGCACAACAGAGAAGAAGUUUUGGAGAAGGCAGAAAAGGAUUUGGCAUCUGUGACAGGGCAAUAUAUGUCUCGACUAGUGAGAGAACUACAAGGGACUGAUUUUUGGAAGCUAAGACGAGCAUACACACCUGGGGUACAAGAAUAUGUUGAAGCUGCAACAUUUUGUAAAUUCUGCAAAACUGGGACUCUUUUGAAUCUUGAUGAGAUAAAUGCAACUUUAUUGCCACUUAGUGAUCCAUCUUUUGAGCCAUUGCAGAUUAAUGUUCUUGACUAUAUCUUGGGGCUUGCAGACUUGACUGGAGAGCUGAUGCGGUUGGCUAUUGGUAGAAUAUCAGAAGGUGAACUUGAGUUUGCUGAGAAGAUAUGCAGGUUUGCACGUGAUAUCUACAGGGAGCUUACUCUUCUUGUUCCACAUAUGGAUGAUAGUUCUGAUAUGAAGACAAAGAUGGAUACAAUGCUCCAAAGCGUAAUCAAAAUAGAGAAUGCUUGCUUUAGUGUUCAUGUGAGAGGAUCGGAGUACAUUCCACUCACUGGAUCCAUUGACUCAAGUUCAUUCUUGUUGGACAUGCCUGAUAAUGAACUGUGAAGAAAAUUCAAUUAUUUUUCCAACCAGAAAUUGUUUUGGAACGCUUCAUGGAAUCUAUGACUACAUGUGCAUCUGCCUGCUGAAAGGUUUGAAGGUCGAUACUUCAUCUUCUUUUGGUUUAUUUUUGGCAAUUGUUUUGGCAAAGCUUCUCAAAUGUUUACACAACCUUGCAAAGACUAGCAAUAUUUUGGGGUGGAAAAGGUUUAUGUACGUUUUCUUUGGUGAGCAUCUGUUGUGCUAUUAAUGUGAACUGCGAUCCAAAGUACUUGUUCAGCUCAUAUGACUAACGCCUCCAAACGAGUUCUUGAAACUUCUUGACAUGAAAUCCAGACGAGAAAUGUUGAUAUCCUCCUUUCUAGUGAUUGCGGAUUUUGCCAAUUCAUAGUGUUGUCUUGAGUUUUUAUUCUGAGGUCUUGUUGCCUUAAAGAGUCUGUCCAGUUUACAAUGUUAUGGUACAAGUGCUUAUGCACUACUAAUGAACAAUGCCUAAUCCCAUGUUGCUUACAUUA